GCGCGGAGUGGACAGAGCGAGCGGAGUGAGAGUCUUCCUCUCCUCCACCGCCGCCUCCGCCACCGCCACCCGCCGCCCCGCAGCCACCAGCCGCCCAGCCGGAGCAGCCUCCGCUCCGGGGCCGGCCGAAGGGAGUCCCGCACCCGCCUGAGACGACGCCCCGAGAUGUUGGCUGGAAAGCCCAGCCCCUCGGCUGCUUCGCCGGGCGCCUCGCCCGGCAGCUCGCCCCCUAACUCACCCCAAAAUUCGCCCCACAAUUCGCCCCACAAUUCGCCCCGCAAUUCACCCCUCAACUCGCCCCUCAACUCGCCCCUCAACUCGCCCCUCAACUCGCCCCUCAACUCGCCGGUGCUCUUCAGGAAACUGCUGGUGAACCGGAGUAUCCGCUUGCAGCGCCGCUUCACCGUGGCGUACCCGCUUUGCUUUGACCUUGAGAAUGGCCUGUCUUCAGGAAGAAGCCCCCUGGACCCCCAAGCCAGCCCAGGCUCAGGCCUCAUCAUCCAGGGGAACUUUCCACACAGUCAGCGGCGUGAAUCCUUCUUGUACCGCUCUGACAGCGACUACGACCUGUCGCCCCAAGCCAUGUCCCGGAAUUCUUCAAUCGCCAGUGACCUACAUGGAGAAGACAUGAUCGUGACCCCAUUUGCACAGGUGCUGGCCAGUCUGCGUACAGUGAGGAGUAACUUCGCGAUGCUCACCCACCUGCAAGAUCGAGUGGCCAAGAGACCGUCCGGCAGUAACUCCCCCUCCGGCAGCAAAACACCUCUCCCAGAGGAAGCCUGCCAGAAGCUGGCGAUGGAAACACUGGAGGAACUGGACUGGUGCCUGGACCAGCUGGAGACCUUGCAGACCCGGCACUCGGUCAGCGAGAUGGCGUCCAACAAGUUCAAAAGGAUGCUGAACCGAGAGCUGACCCACCUGUCGGAAACCAGCCGCUCUGGAAACCAGGUGUCUGAGUACAUCUCUCGUACCUUUCUAGGCUGGGCAGCUCUGCAACCCAUUCCUAAGUGGGUGGUGUGGAACCAGAAGGGGCAGCAGCAGGCCCAGAGUGAACCCCAAGUGACUCACAGUCCUGGGAAAAGACUCCUGGACAAGCAGCAUGAAGUGGAGAUUCCCGCCGUGCCUAAGAAAGAGAAAGAGGAGAAGAAGAGACCCAUGUCCCAGAUCAGUGGGGUGCGGAAGCUGACCCACAGCUUGAGCUUCUCGGGCACCAGCAUCCCCCGCUUCGGCGUCAAGACCGACCAGGAGGGGCCUCUGGCCAAGGAGUUGGCGGACACCAACAAAUGGGGCCUGGAUGUGUUCAGGGUGGCAGAGUUGUCUGGGAACCGGCCCCUCACAGCCAUCAUGUAUAGCAUCUUCCAGGAACGGGAGCUGCUGAAGACCUUCCGGAUCCCCGCCGACACGCUGAUCACCUACCUGCUGACCCUGGAGGAUCAUUAUCACUCAGACGUGGCUUAUCACAACAAUAUCCAUGCAGCUGACGUGGCACAGUCCACCCACGUGCUGCUGUCCACGCCGGCGCUCGAGGCAGUGUUUACCGACCUGGAGAUCCUGGCUGCUAUCUUCGCCAGCGCUAUCCACGACGUCGACCACCCCGGAGUGUCCAACCAAUUUCUGAUCAACACCAACUCAGAGCUGGCUCUCAUGUACAAUGACGCCUCUGUCCUGGAAAACCACCACCUGGCCGUGGGCUUCAAACUGCUCCAGGAGGAGAACUGUGACAUAUUCCAGAACCUGAGCCCUAAGCAGCGGCAGUCCCUCCGGAAGAUGGUCAUUGACAUGGUGCUCGCCACAGACAUGUCAAAGCACAUGAACUUGUUGGCGGACCUGAAGACCAUGGUGGAGACCAAGAAGGUGACGAGCCUGGGCGUUCUGCUGCUGGACAACUACUCGGACCGGAUCCAGGUCCUGCAGAACAUGGUACACUGCGCUGACUUGAGUAACCCCACCAAGCCUCUGGAGCUCUAUCGGCAGUGGACUGACCGCAUCAUGGUCGAGUUUUUCCACCAGGGCGAUCGGGAGCGAGAGAAGGGCAUGGAGAUCAGCCCCAUGUGUGACAAGCACACAGCCUCCGUGGAGAAGUCGCAGGUGGGCUUCAUAGACUACAUCGCACACCCGCUGUGGGAGACCUGGGCCGACCUGGUACACCCAGAUGCCCAGGAAAUCCUGGAUACGCUGGAGGACAACCGGGAGUGGUACCAGAGCAUGAUCCCCCGCAGCCCAGACGAGGCGGCCUCGGAGCAGGGCGGGGGCAGCAGCGACAAGUUCCAGUUUGAGCUGACGCUGGAGGAGGAGGGGGAGUCGGACACGGAGCCCGAGGAGCCCGAGGAGCCCGAGGAGCCCGAGAGCCCAGCCGAGGAGGACAACAGUGGCAGCGACUCCCGGACCCUGGCCACCGACGACUCGGAGUCUGCCGAGCUCCGGGCCGUGGACGCGCCGUGGGGCUGGGGACCUUGCAGGAGCAGAAGAAAGAAAGAAGAAGGAGAGAAAGAAGGAUGGAAAGAAGACGAGAUGGACGGAAGGCAGGAAGGAAGGAAUGCAAGAAAGCAAACUUGACUGGAUCUUUCCGACCAGAGGCUGGAGCGGCCGAACGGAGUAUUGUGGAGUAUUUUUUUUUCUUCUUCAGUGUUUAUUUUUUAUGAUGAUGGUGGUUGUUAUGAUUUUAUUCAGCACUGCUGCCCGGUGAAGGUUUGCGCAUACCUCACACAUUGGGUUUGCAAUCUGCUGAUUUUCAGUGCCCCUUGUGACCCUCUCGCCCACCCUCCGGCCAUUGCCCGGUGUGGGACCCAUCUGUCCGGCCCUCCAGAGAGGAGCCAUUCCCAAAGCAGCUGGCAUGAUGGGCAGGAGAGGAGGGGCGGGAGGUGGGUGCUGCCUCCUUUGCAGUCUCCCGCCUCUGGCCUGCUCGUCCCCUCCAAAACCACAGGCCAAGGCACUCGCUCUGUUUGGGUUUUUUGGUUUGGUUUUGGGAUUUGUUUUUUGAAGGAAUCUUUAGAGGUUCCAACUCCAUGCGCAUCAGCCCUGCCAGAGGAGAAGGCUUCUACGCCCGCCCAAGCCACAGUGACUUCGGGCCAUCUUCCCUCAUCUCCCCCUGCCACAACAGUGAGGCCGCCUAGAUCUUCUGGGUCCCUGGCCUCCCUGUCCGGAUCCCCGGCGCCAAAUGUGAGUCGAACCCUGACUUUGGGAGCCUGUGAUGUAAGUGGCCGUUGUCCCCCUCCCUUCCCUCCCACUCCCCUCCCCCUCCCGGGGGAGGGACUCGGAGGGAGGGGCGGGGGGCCCCCUGCCAUUUUUCGGGUCCCUGCGGCAGAGUCUGCAGGGGCGGACCCGUGUUUUGGCUCCAGCGAUGCGUAAUCCCACCUUGGCGUCUGGCAGAAUCUCUGAGGCUUUCCGUUGUGAAAACCGAACCUGAGAUGCGAGCUCUGUCCACUCGCUCCCCCUCCCCCGGUCCCCUCCAGGGGCCUCC